AUGGCCACUCGUCAAUCACAGAAGAGACUCACAAAAGAGUACAAGGCCUUAACGUCAAAUCCGCCGCCAUAUAUCAGUGCCAAACCAAACGACGAAAAUAUAUUUGAAUGGCAUUUUGUGAUAACUGGCCCUCCUCAGACCCCAUUUGAGGAAGGGCAAUAUCAUGGGAUGCUUAGAUUUCCACACGAAUACCCAUUUAAACCUCCUUCGAUAUCGAUGAUUACCCCUAACGGUAGAUUUGCCUGUAAUACUAGAUUAUGCUUAUCCAUGAGUGAUUAUCAUCCAGAUACCUGGAAUCCGGCAUGGAGUGUUGCUACAAUUUUGACUGGAUUACUUUCUUUCAUGACUGGGGAUGAGAGUACCACGGGUUCGAUUACGACCAGCGAGACAAUCAAGAAAAAAUUGGCUAAAGAGAGUAAGAAGUGGAAUAUGAACGAAAACCAGAGGUUUAUUAGACAGUUUCCUAAUUUGGUUGCGCAGAAUAAAUUGGACAUUGAAGAGGAAAAGAGAAAAGCGCAGAUUCAACAGCAACAGCAACAGCAAGGUGCUGUGAAUAAUGACGGUGAGGGUGGAGAAAAUUGCAUCAACUUAAAGGACCAGCUCGAUUUAUUGGACCCGGAAGAUAGGGCAAGGUUACUUGUAGAGCAGGAUGACAGUGUUCGUCUGUUUUGGCUCCAAAAGUACACAAUUAUAGGUAUUCUUUUAGCGGGUUUAAUUGCUGCUUCGUUUAAUAUAGUUAGGCGCGCGUAG